AUGGAGACCGGCGAUCCGUACCGCGUAAUCUUCGGAUCAGAUAGCUUCGGUAAUACAUGUGGUCGUAAUAAUGGUCCAAUUUGGAUCCGUUCCAACAAAACUGGGUCGAAGAAGAAAUUUAAGUUCUCCGGGCAGAAUAUGACUGAAAGGAAGUUCAUGUUUCCUCUUAAUGUCUCUCGAAUAUUUGACACAAUCUGGGUUUGUAUUCGUCAGUGUCCUAAGAAGUCCAUCCUUAAUUAUGAAGAUGUGCGAAUCCUAGCUGAAGAAGGUCAUAACAGUUUAUGCGUUGACUACGAUUCAGCACUAAACGUGACAAAGCAGACAGUUCGUUUUGGAAUCUGUCCUCAACUCCCCAUCUUAAAGAGUGUUGAUAUAAUGAAUCGUUGCAUACCAGAAAACCUACUAGAUUUUGGAAAAGAACUGUUUAAGAAGGUGGUAAUUCAUAUGGAUUUAAUUCGUGGAUACCUUCAUGAUAUUAUCGAUGCAUCGCCGUACCUCCUUCAGAUGUGUUUAGUGGCGCUAGUUCUUUCAUUGGUUUUGGUCUUUCUGCUGCGUUUUUUCGCUGCUAUGAUUAUUUCCUUCAUAUAUUUGGCAGUAGUCAUGUUAGCUAUAGGAUUUUCUGCUUGCGUAUGGUACGCUUUCUGGAGAGUCUGUUUGAAGACGGAAACAGAUGGGCGUAACAUCACGUCAUCGGAAAUGGUACGAACAGAAAAAAUCCCUUCAUCAAGACAUCCCGUGACGGCAGCCGUGUUAGACUUCGAUUUUGACGAGUUACUCGGUUAUAAUAACAUUACUACAAUAACACUGCUAGCGAUAAGUAUUGCAGCUACAGCUGUCUCGGUUUUUGUUAUCUCUUUCGUUUGGUGCGUUUUUCCACGUAGCAAGAAAAUGGUUCGCUUAUUCAAAGGAGCAUCAUUGGCUUUAUCUGCAAUGCCUUCAUUGCUUCUGCAGCCAUUAUUGAGUGCUUUUCUUAUACUGAUUCUUGCCAUUUAUACAAUAAGUGUUGUGCUCGUACUGUUCACUGCCGGUGACAUGGUAAGCCGAAGAGUGUCAAAUGGAGGAAACAAAGAAGAAACUAUACUAGUUAUAGAGACGAACAUGACGCGAACAACAAAGCUCAUGGUGUUCUACCAGUUUCUCGGGUUCGUUUGGGUGUCAGAAUUUUUGAUGGCAUGUCAACGAUUAUUCAUCGCGGGAGCCGUUAGUAUGUACUACUUUGAUGUGCUUUCUAUGUCUCGACGUUUUGCAUCUACUGAACCACGAUCUCCGGUGAGGUCUUCAUUGUUCAAUUUAUUACGUUAUCACUUAGGAUCGGCAGCGCUUGGUGCUUUUAUCAUAGUACUCGUACGGGUGCCACGCUACGUUAUCAUUUGGUCAUUGUCGAGAAUGAGGUCGGUGGAAAACGUGAUUAUUAAGAAGAUACUCAGCGUUUUCAUCUGCAUAUUAAGCUGUAUUGAAAACUGUUUGCAAUACAUUAACUACAAUGUUUUUACUGUAAUCUCUUAUUCCGGGUUCAGCUUCUGUCCAGCGGCAAAGAUGGCUGUCAAUCAUUUGCUUGAUAAUGCUGUCGAUGUUGCAGCAUUGAAUAGCGUUGGUGAUAUGGUGUUGUUCUUAACGAAGUGUCUCGUCGCAUUUGCAACAACAUUUUGUACAUUUCUGAGAAUGGAAGAGCUUUGGCCGUCACUGUCACAUCCGUGGUUCCCGUUAUUGAUCAUGUUCUUGUGCUCAUAUCAGAUUGCAAAUUGUUUGUUGUCUGUUUAUGAAAUGGCCAUCGAUACGAUUAUGCUUUGUUGUGCUGAAGAACUUGUAUUACUACGAGACAAUCCGGAGAUGGCACAGCAGUUCAGGGUGAGUUUUUCUAAAGGUUUGCUGUACGAGGUUCUCUUGUCUUUUAAUUAA